AAUUCUUCACAAUCUUCACAUACGGAGGUAGUUGUACACUAUUUUUUUCUCUAGCUGGACUAGAACAGGAAACAGGUUUUCUAGUACUCUUCUUUGUUAAUCUUAUGCUCGAGAGAAACCCAUUCCACAUUCUCUACCCUGAACCAUGCAUCGUGAGGGGUUAUAUGCAUGCCGCAACAACAUUCCCACGUUUUCGGAACUCGAAAACCACUACGAUCGUCUUCUCCAGUCCUGUAGCAGCUUGUCCACCCUCAAGCAAAUUCACUCCUCUCUCACAACCGGUGGCUUCAUCAGACAAAGCCCUCAUCUGGGUGCCAAAUUCAUUGCCAAAUAUUCCAAGUAUGACCACCCAGAAAUCGCCCGGUCCUUGUUCGAUGAAAUCCGCAGUGGACACCAUUCUUUCCUCUGGAACACAAUGCUCCGUGCCUACACAAAUGGAGCUCACUUCACUAAGACGCUGGAGCUGUAUUUUCUCAUGCAAAGAACCGGGGUCCGGCCCAACAACUACACGUUCCCGUUCGUUCUCAAAUCGUGCGCUUGUGAAUCGUUGCCUGUACAAGGAAAGAUGGUUCACGGAGAAGUUAUAAGAACUGGGUUUGAUACGGAUACGUACGUUGAGGCUGCUCUGGUUGAUAUGUAUGCCAAAUGUGGACUGAUUAAUGAAGGCCGCAGGGUGUUUGAUAAAAUGUCUAAGAGGGACCUGGUGUGCUGGACCGCGAUGAUCACAGCCUAUGAGCAGGCUGAGCGAGCCAAGGACGCGUUGGUUUUGUUGCAGAAGAUGCAGCAAGAGGGGCUUUCUAUUGAUUCUGUUGCGGUUGUGAGUGUGUCCUCUGCCGUCGGUCAGUUGGGAGAUUCAAAAAUGGCCGAAUCGGUUCAUGCAUAUGCUAUAUGUAACGCUCUAUUACUCCACGAUGUGUGCGCAGAGAAUGCGAUUAUUGGGAUGUACGCGAAGUGUGCAGACGUGAGAAAGGCGCGGUUGGUGUUUGAUUGCAUGGAGGAGAGAGAUGGGAUAUCAUGGAAUUCUAUGCUAUCAGCUUACACCCAGAAUGGACUAGCUAGUGAAGCUUUGUUACUCUUUGAUCAAAUGCAGGCUUCCGGUUGUAAACCUAAUCUUGUGACAGCAUUGAUCAUGGUUUCUGCAUGUGCUUAUCUGGGAUCGCGGGAACAUGGGAGGAAAAUCCACAAUCUUAUUAUCAACAGUAAGAUAAAACUUGAAUUGGCCCUUCGGAAUGCAGUCAUGGACAUGUAUGCCAAAUGCGGAGAUUUAGACACUGCGGUUGAAAUGUUCAACGAUAGUCGCCCCAGUGAAAGGGAUGUAAGUUCUUGGAAUGUGUUAAUAUCUGGGUAUGGCACGCAUGGGUUUGGAAAAGAAGCCCUAGAAAUCUUUUCGCAGAUGAUGAAUGAUGGUGUUCAACCAGAUCACAUUACUUUCACAUCCGUUCUCUCGGCUUGUAGUCAUUCUGGCCUUAUCAACGAAGGUAGGAAGUGUUUUUCAGACAUGCCUAAAUUCUCUGUGGUACCUGAGGCAAAACACUAUGCUUGCAUGGUUGAUUUGCUUGGGAGAGCGGGGCUUUUAUCCGAAGCUUAUGAUUUAAUCAAACAGAUGCCAUCUCAGCCAAAUGACGGAGUAUGGGGUGCAUUGCUUUUGGCUUGCACCAUCCACAGGAACACUAAAUUAGGUGAAAUUGCAGCCAAUAAUUUAUUCCAGCUGGACCCAGGACAUCCAGGAUAUUAUGUGUUAAUGUCAAACCUAUAUGCAGCAUCGAGCAAAUGGCAAGAAGUUGGAAAGCUGAGAGGAGAUAUGAAGAGUAGGGGAUUAAGAAAAAUUGCAGCUUUUAGUGUCAUCGAGUUUGGUAAAGAGGUUCAUGGGUUCCACACUGCAGAUCAAAUGAACCUCUACUGGAGAGAGGUGCAUAGAAAAGUAGAGGGAUUGGCAAUUGAGAUGAAGAUGGUGGGGUAUGUGCCUGAUCGGUCGUGUGUGCUGCAUGAUGUGGAAGACGAGGACAAGGAGCAUAUUCUCAACAAUCACAGUGAGAAGCUGGCUGUGGCAUUAGGACUCAUUAAGAUUGAGAGAGGAACCGAUAUCUAUGUAACCAAGAACCUGCGAGUUUGCAAUGAUUGUCAUUCGGCAUUUAAGUUUAUUUCACGUAUUUAUGGAAGAAAAAUUGUCAUCAGAGAUGCAAACCGGUUUCAUCACUUUCAAGGUGGUUUAUGCUCGUGCAAGGAUUAUUGGUAAGCUGCCCCUGAUGCAUUGCAUUAACUACUUCAGCAUAGUCGUUUACACUACGUGCUGGUGAUUCUUUAGAAUGAGGCUCUAAACGGAGGAGUUUUCUGCUGCCUAAGAACCAGUUUGGACACGGCGUUGGUGAAGAUGAUAUCUUCGCCUAUGUACCUCAGUUUUUUGCAGUUGUGCUCACAAGUUGUACUAGAUUUCACAUUUAUAAAUUCCAGAGGAGAAAGAUGAUAUUACAAACCAAGUAAUGAGCUAAAGAUAGGCUGAAAAGGGAGCGAUUUUGUCUGAAAAUGAUCUAGAAAAAAUAAGUGGAAAA